UCAUAACUUUGUGUUCAUUUCUAGCAUCUUAGAACGCUAAAACAUGCUGCUGCUGAUUGCAGAAGGCUCUUUCUAUGCUUUCGUUGGUCAUUGAUUACAUAAGUGCCUCCGAAUACUGAUAAAAGAACAUAAAUCCACAGAUGUCGAAUUAGCACUGUGGCUAUUGAGAAGAGGGUGGAUUUGGGUCUAUUGUGAUUUUGGGCCGUGAAUGAGGCCAAGGGUCCUGCCGCAGUGGUCGGUGCUGGCCACAUCAUGGGGGUGCCCCAGACGCUGACCCACGUGCAGUCGGUGCGCAUGUUGUACAAAUCAGUGCUGCGACUGCACCGCGGUCUGCCCGCCGAACUGAAGGCCCUUGGCGACCAAUACGUGCGCGAUGAGUUUCGGCGACAUCGGGACGCGCCUGCGCGCGAGGCCGGUCUGUUCCUCCAGGAGUGGGCCGGCUACGCGCUCAACCUGGCGCGCCAGCUGGGCGUGCGCGGUGUGAAGGGGGCGCGGCCGAUCGGCACGCACAUCUCCGAGGAGCAGCUGGACCAUCUGCGGCCCGAGCAGCUGGUGCAGCUGUAUGAACUGUUCCAGGAGACCCAGAACCCGUCGCGGCCACCGGACUCGGCCUCCGACUGACCCGGCGCCGGCCGAGCUCCGCUAGCCACCGCGUGGUCUGCUGGCCAAGGGACAGGACGUGUCGAAGAGCAGUGAAUUCGAGUCUGCGUUGGUAUGCCUGGGUGUGUGCAGGGCUCUAGACUUAUGAUAGAUUGCAAUAUUUAUUGGCCACCAAAGAAACGGUUUACACGUCAAUUGGUUGGCAGAUUUUCCCUCAUUUUGAGUCUUGCCAAUUUAUACCGUGAUGUGCAUUGUAAGUGGGAAGAUACCUACCUAGUACCUACCCACGCAGUUGAUAAAUAGAAAUAGGAUGUGACCAUC